AUGAAGCGGAAGACGCGGAACAAGAUCGUGGUGACGGUGCUGCUGCUGGGGGCGGCGGCGGUGCUGAUCGGCGGCACGCUGGCGCUGAUCCUGACGGCGGGCACCUGGAAGGUGAAGCUCAAGGAGUCGCAGGAGAAGGUGUGCAACAAGGGGUGGGAGUGCUCCGGCACCAAGUACUGCUGCAACCAGACCAUCACCGACUUCUUCAAGGUGUACCAGUUCGAGAACCUCUUCGCCAAGCGCAACUUCCCCGUCGCCAAGGCCGUCGGCUUCUGGGACUACCAGGCCUUCAUCACCGCCGCCUCGCUCUUCGAGAACCAGGGCUUCUGCACCACCGGCGGCAUCGACAUGCAGAUGAUGGAGCUCUGCGCCUUCCUCGGCCACGUCGGCGCAAAGACCUCAUGUGGAUACGGCGUGGCGACCGGCGGUCCGACGGCGUGGGGGCUGUGCUACAACCACGAGAUGAGCCCCGACCAGGGCUACUGCGACGACUCCUACACGCAGUGGCCCUGCGUCAAGGGCGCCGAGUACUACGGCCGCGGCGCCAUCCCGGUCUACUGGAACUUCAACUACGGCGCGGCCGGGGACGGGCUGAAGGUGGACCUGCUGCACCACCCGGAGCUGCUGGAGCAGAACGCGACGCUGGCGUUCGCGGCGGCCAUGUGGCGGUGGAUGACGCCCAUCAAGAAGAAGCAGCCGUCGGCGCACGAGGCUUUCACGGGGGUGUGGAAGCCCAGCAAGAACGACACGCUGAGCAAGCGCCUCCCGGGCUUCGGCGCCACCAUGAACCUCCUCUACGGCGAGUCCAUCUGCGGCCGGGGCUUCAUCGACGAGAUGAACGUCAUCAUCUCCCACUACCAGUACUACCUCGACCUCAUGGGCUUCGGCCGGGAGCGCUCCGGCCUCAACCUCGACUGCGCCGAGCAGGCCCCCUUCAACCCCGCCCCCAAGAAGGACGACGAGCAGCAGCCCACCGGCGGCCAGAAGCUAGCACCAUGUUGCUGUAUAAAUAUUCUUACCACGCCAUUGCCUGCUCAGCGUGUGAGCUGCUUUGGUGCCAUUUUGGGUAGUGUAUGUGAAUUGGGAAAACUUUAG